CAGCCUUCCUGGAAAGGUACAGGACUCUGAACUCAUCCUUUCGCUCUCUUCGUACGCAGCACCGAAGUCACUCGUUUUGUUUUUGGCUCUUCUUUUCCAUCCAAUCGCUUUCAUUUCUUAUCCCUUUCCAGGCUGACCUUCGUUAUUCCUGGCAAUGAGGCUAUCAAGAAUCGCGGCCUUGCUGGGCCCAGCAGUGGGUGCCUAUGCGCAGUCGAAUUCAUCCGCCUCUCCAAGUUCUUCAAUCUGCUCGACGGCCUCAGCAUGCAAACCCUUCUUGAUCGAGCUGACGUGGGGACUCACGAACGCAUCGAACAUCUUCUCCAGAGAGGCGAUCUUGACUAAUGGCUCCUUUCCUGGCCCUCCUCUGAGACUCGGCGUCGGAGAAUGUGUUGACUUUACGGUAAUCAACAACAUGCCUAACGUCACUGGUGUUCACUUCCACGGCAUCCGACAGCUAGGGACACCGUGGGCAGAUGGAGUUCCGGGCGUCUCUCAAUACACGAUUCAGCCAGGCUCCAGCUAUAACUAUCAGUGGACAGCUGAGGAAUCUGGCAUCUAUUUCUACCAUAGUCACUACAAAGGUCAAAUGAUGGAUGGUCUAUAUGGGGCAAUCAUUAUUUCCCCAACGGAAAAUGCGACUAGGCCAUUCUCACUAAUCAGCAAUAGCUCUGCCGACGUUCAGAAGAUGGAGGCCGCAGAAGCAAACGUCGAGGCAAUCCUGACAGCCGACUGGAAUCGCUUUACCUUCAAUGAGUUCUUUGAAAUCGAGAAGUCCGCGAACAUCGACUACUCCUGCACAGACUCUUUCGUACUGAAUGGGAUGGGAUCAUCCUACUGCUUAUCAGAAGCCACUCUCAACGCCGACGAAGCUGCCCAGGCGGAGAUUGUUCUUGACGGUACGUCCUUGACUGCGAAGGGGUGUAUUCCACCCAACAACACCGUGGUCCAAGGCAACUACAGCCGUAACUUGGCCGCCUUGCCCGCUGGCGCAUACUACGAAUGCACGUCUUACACUGGCACGAACUUCACCUACUUGGUCGAUGCUGCGGACGAGUGGGCAGCAUUAUCAUUUAUCAGUCCUAGUGGUACGGCACUUUUCAAGAUCACCAUUGAUAGCCAUAAGCUAUACGUUUACGAGGUUAACGGCCACUAUAUCGAACCUCAGGUGGUGGAUCAGAUUGAAGUCGACAAUGGAGAUAGAAUCUCAGUGCUGGUCAAGCUCGAUCAAACCCCAGCGGACUACACCAUCCGCGUCGCGAACAGCGGCUUGAAUCAAGUCAUCUCGGGGUACGGCAUCUUGUCUUAUCAAGGCAGCUCAGGGCCCUCGACCACCGCUGAAGCUCUUAUGAAUUAUGGAGGCCAGAACACGACCACCAUCACUGUUUUGGACAAGGCUACGGCUUACCCAUACCCUGCGGAGGCGGUCUCAAGUACGGCCGAUGCAACCUUCGUUCUCGACAUUAUGAAGGACCCGGAAGAGUCGAUGUCAUGGGCUUGGGUUCUGAAUGGGGUAGACGCAUACAACCAAAGCCGAGAUGAUGAAACCCCGCCACUUCUCUAUCAGUCUCCAGCAGACAUUCCCACUAGCGAUCUCAUACUGAGGACUAACUACAACGAAUGGGUGGACCUUAUCAUUAAGGUAGCUGGCCCGUUGGCAGAACCGCACCCCAUCCACAAACACGCCAACAAAUUCUUCGUUAUCGGGACGGGCACUGGGGAUUUCAACUACACUACUGUUGCCGAAGCUCAAUCCGCUGGGGUCGAGUUCAAUCUCGACAAUCCACCGUUUGUGGACGGCUACACAAGCACGGAAGCGGAAGGCGCAGCCUGGAUGGUGUUCAGAUACCAGGCCAACACCCCAGGAGCGUGGCUGUUGCACUGCCACGUGCAAAGCCACUUGACGGGUGGGAUGGCGGUGGCGAUCCUGGAUGCCGUGGACAAGUUCCCAUCGAUUCCCUCCGACGUUGGCAAGGUGUGCUCCAAUGCAGGGUCCAGCUUCACCGGCUCCAAUACCACCGUCUCAACCACCUCGCCGACAGUUGCUUCGUACACCAACAUUGCAGCGGCUUCGUUGAGUCACCAGAAGGCAGCUGCUCUCAGCGUAACCUUGGCUCUGGCAGCAGCUGCUGGUCUGUUCUACUAGAGUCACCUUAAGGAUAAGGGCUAGUUGCAUUGGAAGGGUUUUCGCAUCGAAAUUCUGCCUAAUUGCCAUACCUUAUGAUACGUUACGCUGGUUUGGGGAUGGACGAGAGUGUUGAUUAGUGCGAACUUGGUAGAGUAUUGCUUCAAAAAUCACCCACAAUCAACCCACCCGUACGCUUUGC